GAACGCCGCCGUAGGAGGAUGCCGGCGGUGGCAUUCGAUAAAAGAGGAGCGAGACGCGCCGGACGGGCGGUGUUCCGCGAAGCGUGACGAGUUGACGCGACAUUUAUAGUGGCGAGCGGCCACCGACGGACGACGAGUCGGUGAUGAGCUUGACAGUGGCGAUCGACGCAACGCACGCCGAGUGACGCGCCUUCGGCCGAUCGACGCGGGAUCGUCACGAGUACGACAGGGAGAAAGAAAAACGAGAAAACACGUCGGAAGGAGAACGAUCGAUCGAGAGACGGGAUGCGGCCAAGGAGAGUUUCGUAAUAAAACGCACCUCUCGCCCAGGUAUUCGCGCGCGUCUCUUAGUAUGGCAGAAUGGUUGGACGUAAAUUGCUGCCGUUGCUGAUACUCUUCCUGGCAGGAUGGCAGGAAGCAGUGGCCGUGGUACCGAUACGGUACGUCGCCGUGGACGUGGGUAAAGGCCUGAAACUGGCCUGCGCCGAGGAGAGUGCUCUUCCUACACAUUCCGACGAGUCAAUGGGAGUAAUGUGGGUAAGGGAGGGUCGGGAGGACGGACAGAUCGAGCGGCUGAAAGUGGAGCCGAACGGCGUGCUAGAGCUGUUGAAUGUCAGCGCGGACGACGCCGGUAAUUACUCGUGCACCCUGGACGACGAUCACGACGCCGUGAAAGCCAGGAUCAACGUGGAAGUCAGGACACCUCCUCCAGCCUUGCACAAUGUGUGGGUCAAGCCAUCUACAAUCUUGGCCAACAUUCUCUGGGAAGUGGCUGGUACUGGCGGAUAUCCUAUCAUAGACUUCACUGCCGAAUAUCGUCUGAAACCGACCGUGGGUGAGGAACCGGAAGAGUGGAAGCCCAUUAUUCCAACGCACAUUCCUCCGAAUUCCAGGCAAAUAGAUGUGUAUCAUUUGGUGCCAAACACGACGUACUCGUUCCGAGUGUGGGCAACCAAUCAGUUGGGCAGAGGCGAGAUCGUGGAAGUGGAGGGUCACACGCAUCACAGCGUGGAGGAAUUGGAACUCGCUCGACACCUUUUAGCCGGCGUAGAGAAUUUCGAUACGCGUGUCUGGGUGGCAGCCGUAGGUAUUGUCAUGGGCACACUUAUGAUUCUCGGUUUAGGUACUUGUUACCUGCUGUAUCGCGAGUGGAAAGUACCCUCGCAGCUGGAGGAGCAGGAGGUGAUUGAGCUCGUACCGAACAUCAUUCUAAAUCCGGGAUUUUUCGACGAGCGCACCGAGCACAUACCGCAGGACGAAAACUUCAACAAUCAGACGACUACGCGCCUCAACAACAACAGCGUCGUGCAACCUAGACGGCUCUAGCAUACUUCUCGAUUAUCUUAAAAGCGCCUUCGAAGCAACAGACACGAACACGUCUCUCUCGACGUCGUCUUGAAACGAGUAAGUAACCGAAUUCACCGCUAAAGGCCUCGACUUCGAAGAGAGAAAGAAAAAACAAAAGUCGACGAUAGAAUAGAAAUGCAAGACUACCUAGCGAUUACGGCGAAGGAAUACACGUCUCGAGACGCAUUUUCAGGACUUGUCAGUCGCUUCGCAGUGUCCCGCCAGUGUCGAGUUUUCCGUUCACGGUCGGGGAUCGAACUAUACAUAUAUAGGAGAGAAUCGACUUCUAUUCUAAAAAAAAAAGGUUCUCACGGAACCUUUGUUUUUUUAAAGCGAUUUUGAAGCGAAUCUUCCGGAACACACUCACGAAAAGUCGUCGUUCCUGGAAGAUUUAUAGAUCUUAAGCUUUCUCCCGAGAGAGCAAUAAAUUUAAAUAGAUAAAAUUUUUAUAUACAGCAACGUAUAAAUUGUAAUCGCGCGCGAUACACUCAGUGAUAUUUUUCGUACUGUGACUUAGGAAUAUUGAAAUUCUGAUUUUAAUUGUAAAAUCUUAGAAUCGCAAGGGAAUAUUUGAUCUUGUAAUAAAGAAUCCUUCAAGGAAAAAUUGUGCCGUUAAAAUGAUGUAUUAAUUUCUAUAUUUUACAUUCUAAUCGUUUGCAUGUAAUAAGAUUGCUAGAGGAGCAUCUGUUUGCGAGAUUCAGAAAGCAUCUCUUUCACGUAUGAAAUAAUUACGAUCUUGUAAAAAAUAGCUCCACCGACAAGAGAGACUGUCGAAACAGAAGGAAUUGAAGAAAAAGGUUCCAUUUUCUCGUUCGAUCCCCGAUUCACGACGCGACAUAAAGUGUUCAAAACCCAAAAGAGCGUAAGACUCCACCAGAUUUCAUGCGAGGAGGUUAAUAGAAUUUUUUGGAGAUGUUUACUGCAGGACGUUCUCACUCCCGUUAGUUUCUCGACGACACUCACACUCGACUGCUCAGACUGAUCGAGCUUAAAGGCAAAGGAAAGGACUCCUGUCAAGCCAAAAGAAUCGUAGUAAGACUGUAAAACUCUAAGAGAUAAUUUUGCGAAACGCGAUAAUCGAACGAUAUCGUCAAGAGAAGAUGUAUUUUGCACUCGUUUACUUUUUUCGAGAAGUAACGCGAUGAAUAGCGAGUAUUUUUCUUUUUCUAAAUAAGAUCAUUUGUUGUUCAAUCGAUCGUAUAUGUAUACGAUUUGACGAACUUACUGCCGUUUUAAGGUGUGCACAAGUCGUUGAAAGUUCCUUUCUAGGGAUCUGCGGAAAAUCGCUCUCUCGUUUUUGUUGUUUUAUUAUAUAGAUACAUUUUUAUAGAACUUUCUCUCUCUUUCUCUGUAAAUAUGCUACUGUUCAUUAUGUGCUCGUGCUGCUCGUAAAAAAAUCCCGCGUAUUGGAAGGGUUCGAGUGGAAUGGGAAAGAAUAUAAUUUUAAUUGUAAGAGAGAUACAUCUUUCGUAAUAAUUUAGAUUUUAUCUACGAUAUUUUUCACACGAUAAUCCGCAUGCUAUCGUUCGAGGGAUGCGUAUCGCUUCGACACACUUCUGCACCACCUUAACACAAUCACACAGCUCUGUCUAACUAACUGACUACUAAUUGACUCACGUUGAUUCGCAAAAAUCAAAUUUUCCUAAACAGCGACUAACAUAAAAAGAAAGAAAUAAAUGGGCGGAUAACCAUAAGUCUCAAUAGGUACAAUAAACCGUACGAAAAAAUACACGGUGUCCCAUUUUUAAAGCAUUAUUUUCCGAUGACGGAUUUGCGGAUUUAAAAAGCACAGAAUUUGACAUUGUAAUUGUAAGAGGAAAUUAUAUUGAGUAUUCGGAUUUCAAAUAUAACACAGAGAAAUAACAAUUCCGGAAUCAUGCCGAUUUUAGUACUCUUUUCGAGAAAUCUGCGGUUGGAAAAUAGCGCGUUAAUAAGUGGGACACUUUAUAUAGGCGAACGAGAGCAACCAACGAUGCGCGAGAAGUGACAGUCGCUUCUCUUUCGCACCGCGUGCAAUAAGAUUUUUUCAAUAAUCAUAACACUUAAUUCUCUAAUGUACUAAUUAAUAGGAUGCGACAGAAUAGAACGCAUCGCAUAUUUUGAAUAACGCUAUCGUAUUUAGACGCGAAUGUGAACUCAGCCGUGACCGACUAACCGGACGACGUUCUAUGACGCUUUGUCGGGACGGUGCUUCGUGUGUGUGUGUGCGCGCAAGAUUCUAACGUCAUCUAACGAUUCCGUUAAUAUAAAAGAGGUUUGAUAUAGUAGUGACCUAUGAUCUUUUUUGAUGGAUAUCGUUCCUAUGUAUCUAUUGUAUUCUUUCAUUCCUUUGAGUUAAAUACGCUGGUCGUUUUAUGAAAAAAGAAAAGAGAUUGGAGUUUUUUUCCUAAAAGAUCUGUUAAAUUUUUUAGAAAUUGUGAUUUUUAUUUAUUAUCUGAAUUAUAUAUUAUUGUUAUUUUGUCGAUUCCAAGAAAUUAUUUUAUUAAUAUCAAGUAAUUUGUACAUUACAUAUGAAAGACAAGAGAUGUAUAUCAGGCUUAUUAUAACAAUGAUUAUAUUUCUCUUUUACGACGCGCGAGUGCGGAUUAACGUAUAUUUAUGUUUUAUUGAUAGACAUUUUUUUUUUUAGAAUUUCUUUCGCUUCUUCAUAUCAGUGAAAUGUAAUAUUUCGAGUCAACUACAAAGCGACAAAGUACUUUGAUGCACGCAGGUUGUAUAAAAAUUGGUUGUGCGUUGUUACAUUGAGGCUUCGGAUCUGCUUCUCCUUUUGACGUAUUCUUGAAUACGUAUAUGUGCGUACGCACGCGUAUAAAAGAAUUGUUAUACGGAUAAGCGGAUCGGCACUUAGCUUCGUACUAUGCACUCUGUGUUGUGAAUGGUAUAUAAAUAUAUAUAUGAAAAAUAAUACAAUAAUUAUAUAAUUAUAUAUAUAUAUAAUAAUGAUAUGAAAAUACGUAUACAUAUAAAUAUAUAUAUAUAUAUAUAUAUAUAUAUAUAUAUAUAUAUAUAUAUAUAUAUAUAUAUAUAUACAUACAUAUAUUUAUAUAAUCGAAGCAUCAUGCUAAUUUAGGCAUAAGCAAAAGACAAUUUUUUAUAUACAUUACAUAAUUAUGCUGAAACCUGAUGAUAAUAUUUAUCUACAUAUAUUAUAUCGAGAUAGACGAAAACUUUAAAAAACCGCGAGAGUUACCAAGUUUCGCUUUGCCGAUCGACAAAUGUUGCUCACGGAAAGUCACUUGCAUAGUGCGUCUCCUUUUUGCUCUUCAUUUGUCAAAAGAGUCGUAUUACUUUUACCAAAUAUUAGACAUACUAGUCGUUUAAUGUAAGAACAGUAAUACGUAGCGUUGAACCAAUAAUUAACAAAAAAAUAUAUAUUUUUUACACGAUAAUGCAGACGUAUAACGUAGGUUUGAGUUGAUAUAUCAAAACCAAAUACUGUAUAAUUUAAUACUGUUUAAUAUUGUCUCAUUAUAUACAUAAUUUAUUCUUUAAUUUUUUUUUACGAAAUUCGUAAGGUCCAAUGUAGAUUUUUUAAAUGAUACGACUCUUUGGACCCACGGAUAUCAAAGAUUUAGAUAGUAAUCCUUUAUUUUUCUUAUCAUGUAGUGAUAAAUACCAUAUACACCUGAUGCCUACAGCUAUAUCUUUAUCAAAAUUGCCCAGUGACAUAUUGAACUACUAAGAAAAUAGGAAACUGUUCUGAACAGAUUUGCACAAUAGUAAAUAAUUCAACAAAUUAUUCUUGUAUAAUUACUAAACUAAACCGAUACGAGGGGGGUUUAACAAUAACAUUUAUAACAAAACUCUAGAGAACGUGUCAUGGAAUUUCUGCCAUUGUGCUGUGCGAGAGGAAAUAGCAUAUCUGCACACGUUCAUGUGAACAAAACGUUCGUGACAGUGACGAGAUAUUAUUUUUAGCAGUGUAGAAAACGCGUCCGCUGAAGGCUCUCAUCAUUGUAAUAAUAAUAAGUCGAUUUCCGACGAACAAAGAAUUGACGUACCGACCGUACGCGCGCGCUUUAUAUAUGCUAGCGUAUAUAUAAAUAUAUAUCUGUAUAGCCAAUAUAUUUUCUAUUCCUUUCUACGAUUAGGGUUGUAUAAGAGAACGCGCGAUUAACGAGACGGAGAAUCUCGCGGUUAAAUAAUAAAUUUAAGUGGACGCGUGAGCAGAAAUGAAUUAUAAGUGAGUCACAAUAUAGAAAAAAGAUAUUUGAAAGAUAUUUGAUAAAAUCUCUCUCUCUCUCUCUAUAUAUAUAGAGACGAGAGAAGUGUGCGAUUACUUACACAAAAGUAAAUCGUGUACAGUAAUAAUGGCAGAUAUUUUGCAUUCAUAUCACAUGAAACGGUAAUAAUCCACAGGCUGUUGUAGUAGAUCCCUUAGGCACACAAUUUGCACAAUAUGUAUAUUAUAUAUUUGUAACUUUAAGACAAGGCAUUUGGAAAAGCUCAAAAAAUUACUCUUCUCCGAAUCGCUUAAUGCGAAACUAUGCGAAUAGCAUAUCGUAAAGUGUGAUAAAAUUGUAUAUUAUAUAUAUCAGACAUUUUUUAACAUUCAAAAUUUUUCUAAGGAAUUUUUAAGAAUAGAUCUUCUAAAAAAACACGUUUUAAACAUUUCUUCCUGAUUCUAAAUAUUAUUUAAACAAUUCUUUUUUGUUUUCAGGUGGCUUUUCGCUUAAAUUCAAAAUUUAUAGAUAUUUUCUUUGAAUUCGGUAUUAUCCGGAUAAUAUUAUAAAAUAUUCUGUAGAUUUCUAAACUCUUUUUCUUCCUCUUCAAUCUAUUUUCUUCUGUUCCGAUGCCUCGUCUUAAAUGUCUCUAUCCGCAAUAAAUCCUCUCGUUGCACAUCAUCACAGUCCUCAUCAUUCGUCCUCUUCUAUAAAUAAUCAGUCCUAUCGCUUCUCUUUUUCUCGCUUUCUUGUGAUUCUUUUCCCGCUGCUUCUGUCCACGUAUUAUCGUCAUGCUAUUACACUGCUUGGCACUAUAUCAGCACUUCGCAUCUCAGCGAAUAAAAUUAUCGCCUCGCUAAUUUUUAUCGUAAGACGUAUCUCGCAUUAAUUAUUCCCCGAUAUACCUCGAUUAGCGCACCGAGAAAAGAAGACGAGGAACGUAUAUUAUUAUUAAGCGAAGCACAAUGCCAUAGAAUAGUAUUUAUGGUCGCUAGUGCCACCAUGUAUCGUCCCCUAACAUACAUAUUGCCCGCCUAAUUAUAUAUCCCGUGCGACGAAUAAUCCAUGUGGUUUUUACAAGAAAAAAAAAGAGAAAAAAGCUAUGUGUGGCUUCUUCCAUGAUACGCGGAACCAUAGUUUUGUAAUAGAUAUUAGUGUCCGAAUAAUAAAUGUUUUCUUCUGUAUAAUUCUUAGUGCGCUCUUAGCAAGCUUCUCCUUCGUUCUCUUCGUUUUUUAUUGUAAAAACUACAGUCGCCACGUAAUCGUUGAUCUAUAAUUGCGAUAAUUAUUCGCUUAAAUCACCCGAGAUUUAACGAUGGCGACAAAAAAAAAGAGAAGCGUAUCAUACCAGGCAGCAUUGUAAGCGCAUCAAGUCCAACUUGAUGACUAUCGGUGGUUCGUUGAUAUUAGUACGUUAUAAACAUAUUCAGAGCCGAAUUUUUCACUGCGGACACUUAUUUUUAGAUACUUGAACUAUCGUAACACACUGUAAUUUUAAUUUUUAUAACUUUAAUUAAUUACGGCUUUAUCGCCUCUAAAGAUACAACUUUAAAGUUACAAUUUUUUAUAUUUCCCACUUCACUCUCUCUCUCUCUCUCUCUAUUAUUAUUUUUUUAUUUUCUACAGAAUCUUCGUACAUUUUAAUUUUUUUUUCGUAGUUCAUAAAAAUGUUAUAGUCGUUAGAUCCGCGGUGUCAAGUCUGGCUUUGAACGAUGCGUAUACUCUUUUUAGUAUUUAGAUUAGAUCAUAUUAUUUUUGAGCGACGUGUUGACAGAGAGGAUAGGGGCCACGAAUGACUAAAAAAAGGAUAGUUUAGUUUCAAAUUGAUUUGAUAAAAUAGUAGAUGUAUUUCUGUUGUUAUCGAUACUGUUAUUUUGUUUGUUAUAUAUAUAUAUAUAUCUUUUUACUCUGUUGCGUAUUCGCUUUAGUGCGUUCUCGUACAAACGGUGUAAGUACACCGAUCCAUAUAAGUGACCUAUGUGUUGUAUUAUGUAACAAUGUCUCAAUCGGUUUUUUCGAUGAUGAUACAUGUGCAUUUAAUGAUAAGUUGUUACAAUUAGUCACUGGCGCGAAUGUAUUCGUCACGUGUCGAUAAGAACUAGAGAGUCAUUAUUAUUAGUUAUUAUUCGAUUAUCUUUUGGCAGUUUUGUAAAAAAAAAGAAACGAUGUCUAUUUAUUAUAAAAAAAAUUUAGAGAUAGCAAUUAUUCCGUUGCCCUUGUUUCCAUUAUUUUCUGGUGAGAAAGAGAUUUACAGAAGAAGAGUUAGAAAUUUUCAAAUUUAGAAAUUGUUCUUCUUGCUCUCACCAAUAAUUUUCUUGCAUGUACGCUUAUAUUAAAAAGCGAUGGCAAUGAAUACACACAUUCCACCAAGUACAAAGAUUACCUUCUAUUUUGAUUGAAACGCGGAACCGCAUAACGCGAUGUAUUUUCGAUUGGACGUUGCUUUUUCGUGUACUCCUUCGUGAAAAAAAAUAACAUUUUGUGCUUGUUGAGUGCAAUUACCACGUCGUUAUUACAUAGACUAUACGUAUAUAGUCGUCACUAGGCACAUAUCAGCGAAAUGUAAUGAGAAUUGUCGUAAUCAGCGCUGCACCGUUGUAUCUAUUAUAUAUUAUCGAAUACUGUGUUUUGCGGUCACUAGUGUAAUACAAUGUGCAAUAUUAUCUGAAUACGCCACAUUUCCAUUUUAUGUUAAAAUGAAAUUAAACAUUCUCGAUUUCCUACGAAGCGACUUUUUUUCAACUCUUUACUACGUCCACUAGAUGUGAUCAAUUGCGAAAUCUACAUUUUAGAAUAAGAAACACUUUGCACAUUGAGAAAAUGAUAUUGUAAUAAUGUUAAAUAAUUUUGUGAAGGAAAAUGUCCGGAAUUACACUUAAAAUUAUUCAUGUU